AAAUUUAUCGUAGCUCCCUUGAAUACUCUUUUAAUUUUCCUCGUCAAAAUCCUCCAUUUUAGCUGUCCGCCUGUCCCCUUCAAACGCGAAUAAACCCACCACAACUUCUCUCACUCUUCUCUCUUUACACACACAUUUCCCUCACUCCACUCUCUAUCUUUUAUUUCCUCAUCUCGUUUCUGCCUUAACCAAAUUAACAGAAAAAAAAAAAAAAAACCUGAAGCUGCAAAAAUUGUAAACUAUGGAAGCACCGGAAUUCUAUACGCAGUCUGGGAUUUGCUCGCAAUUUGCUAAUGAAAAACAUCAUUCUUUGGAUUCUAAGCCCAGUGGUGGUGGUGGUGGUGGUGACCAUUUCAUCGUCGAGGACCUCUUGGAUUUCUCAAAUGAAGAUGCAGUUAUUACCGACGGUAGCGCUUUCGAUACCGUUACGGGAAACUCCACCGACUCCUCCACCGUUACAGUAGUCGACAGCUGCAAUUCAUCGUCUUUCUCGGGAUGCGAGCCUUGCUUUAAAGGAGAUAUUGGUUCCCGUAAUUUUGCCGACGUUCAAUUCUCUAGCGACCUUUGCGUACCGUAUGAUGAUUUAGCUGAGCUCGAAUGGCUAUCGAAUUUCGUGGAGGAAUCCUUCUCCAGCGAAGAUUUGCAAAAGCUCCAGCUGAUAUCAGGCAUGAAAGCUCGACCAGACGAAUCAUCGGAGACCAGAAAUUUCCAACCUGCUGAUUGCAAUGGCGUCAACACUAACAACAGCAACAACGCUGCAGCUCCCAAUAAUAACAACCCAAUUUUCCAUCCUGAAGUCUCCGUCCCAGCCAAGGCUCGUAGCAAGCGCUCUCGAGCUGCCCCAUGCAACUGGGCCUCUCGCCUCCUAGUCCUCUCCCCCACCACCUCAUCAUCGGACCCAGAAAUUGUCGCGUCCCCAGCCAACCAUCCUAACUCAGGGAAAAAGACAGUAAAAGCUCCGGGGACAAAACGAAGAGAAGGCGCCGAUGGUGGAACUGGGAAUGGCGACGGAAGAAAAUGCCUGCAUUGCGCCACCGACAAGACGCCUCAAUGGCGAACCGGACCAAUGGGUCCAAAGACGCUGUGCAACGCUUGUGGUGUGAGAUACAAGUCGGGCAGGUUAGUGCCGGAAUAUCGACCUGCCGCGAGCCCAACGUUUGUGCUUACUAAGCACUCAAAUUCACACCGGAAAGUGCUGGAACUUCGGCGUCAGAAGGAGUUACUAAGGGCCCAGCAGCAGCAACAGCAGCAAUUUCUCCAUCACCAUCAGAACAUGGUUUUUGAUGUAUCCAACGGCGACGAUUACUUGAUUCACCAACAUGUGGGUCCCGAUUUCAGGCAGCUGAUCUAGUAACGUAGGGAAGAGGCUUUUGAUUUAGUACCGAAAUUCGUUAGUGAAUUUCGUUUAUUCUUCUAAUUUUGCCUAACUUCCUUUUUAUUUUUCUUAGACUCUUUAAUUUUCUUUUUCCCUUUUCUCCAAUCCAUUUAUAGUUGCCUUUUGUUUCCCACAUUUGGCAAGCUCCGUGGAAACUCAAUUUUUCGUAAUUCAGGUUUUCUUUUUUUCUUAA